GGUCCAUCACCGCCCGCAAACAUAUUUCCCUCUCACGACUCAUCUUCACGAGACCACGACCGAAACGCGCCAAUAGCCUUUCCCGAAUAUCGUACCUCGCUCCAGCUACGCCAAGACCAAGCGGAAGCCUUCUAUCGCACGCAGCACAAUCGCUCAAGAGCCUCAAGCUCUACCGGUAGUGUCGCAAACAGCCUCCGCCGCACGCCAAACUUUGAGCGCGCCAGGUCGGCCGAACCGGGCCAGCAGCAACAGCGUGUUCGGUUCGAAACACCUCGCCCUUACUCUACAGAACCUCAUCCUGCCCUUCGAAUCAGUCGGCGUACUGCAUCGGCAAUACGCUUCGUGCUCGAAGAGGCGCUUCGCGUCCCACAUCCAUUCACCCCGGACCUGGUUGAAGAAAACGCCCAAAUGUCAGACUUGACGAGUGGGCGCGCUGCCAAUGGCGGGGCCCGUACAACUGGUGGUCCCGUGCCUGUCGAUCGCUCCAAUAUCCGCACCCCUACGCAGAUCAUGAACGCUAGGCGGCAAAGGGCUGAAGUGGAGGAACAAAGAAAAGCCGCAGAGGAGGAACGCAGGAGAGCCAGCGUGGAAAGAAGAGCUCAAGCUGUUUCUGGUGUAGCUGGAGCACCCACAACAGAAGCCGGAACCCAGAGGCAGCCUCAAGCAGCUCCAAGACCCGGCGAUCAGUACGUACAAUAUCCGGCAUCGUCUGGGGGAGUGCCACGUCAGCCCGAACGGCCCCUUCCACCCCAGGGUACAAUGAACGAUCCACAAGAUGCAACAACGGGCGCGUCGCAGUCGAGGCCAAGGGCCGCUACGCAAAGCCAGCAGUCGACUCGGCCUACCCAGGCGAAUCUCGGCGUGCCGACUACUGCAGAGCCAGGCAGGAGACCACCUGGCGCGGGCCAUGCUAGGCGCCCUUCUGCUCCUCCAACCUCAUCACAACCAGCACCGUCGGCGGCUGCACAGGCGCGCGCACCGCCUGCGCCAGGUUCGGCUACUGGACAAGCUCGCGAAUCAACAACGUCAAAUUUUCCACAUGCUUUUGAGCGCUGGGAAACCCUCUCUUCGCAUUGGGAAGGCCUGACAUCGUACUGGAUCCGCCGGCUCGAACAGAAUACCGAUGAGGUCCGUAGAGAGCCGUUGGCUCAGCAAUUGUCGCGGCAAAUCACCGAUCUCUCAGCUGCUGGCGCCAACCUGUUUCAUGCCGUGGUGGAAUUACAGCGGCUGCGCGCGUCUUCGGAGCGCAAGUUCCAGAGAUGGUUCUUUGAGCACCGCCAGGACCAGGAAAGGGCGCAGGAGCGUGAGGCGCAGUUAACAGAGCAGAUCAAUGCGGAGCGCGAGUUGCGUCUUGAGGCUGAGGCAAAUCUCGAGCGCAUGGCCACCGAGAAGAAGAAUGCGGAGCGGGCCGUGUCGGAGAUGAAGCGCGAGUUGCAAAUCUCCAAGGAGGAGGCUCGCCGAGCGUGGGAAGAGCUUGGGAGACGGGAGCAAGAGGAGCGUGAUCGCACAUUUUCGCUAAGGGAGGGUCAGCCUACUCUCGUUGGCGGUGUGCAGGUGGUUCCAAUGGCGCAGAACAUGGGACGUGGAGGAAGGGGCCAUGGCGAUGAUACCUACGGCGGUGCACAGAGUGGGUCAGGCAUUGAGCAACACUAUUCUUACGAAGAGGGUCCUCAAUCGCCGACCGAUACUGAUCCCUUUACCGAGGGUGGUCGGCAUGGCCAGCGAGAGACCGAUAUGCCUGCUCCUUUGUCUCAAGGGACUUAUGUUCCGUCAGGCGCGGCUUCGAAUACCUCCUCGCGACCAGGCGGCGCCAGCUCUGUUGGAGAUUCUGCGCUAUCUCCAGCUCCUCUGCAGUAUCCGUACUACACGUCUGAAGCGCAGCGAACUCCCACCCAGCCCGCUAUGUCGCAACCUGAGGCGUUUUACCAGCAACCGGCGUCAUAUCUGCACCAAGAGUCGGAAUCUGGUGUGCCAGAGGACGUACAAUCCUAUGUCACAUCUCAAGCAGAAGAGUCGGAGGCUGAUGUCGAGUUUGUCCUUGAUGAGAGAGGCAACUAUGUCCGCGAUGAUUCGGGUCGCCGUAUCCCAUUUCGGUCUAUCCAGUCGCCUGUCUCUGACGAAUACGACGUAGAAGACGCCCGUCGACGUGAGCUCGAGCAUCUGCAGCACUACGGCUCAGCUGCCACAUCUCAGGGUGGCUAUGCAACAACUUCAAGUGCGUCAUCUUCACAUGGCCAGGGUUACGCUACCGCUGGAGGUCAACCGGACUACAGCGGCGAUGGAUAUGGUGACGAAUGGGUGGGCAUGAGACAUCACCACCCCACGAGGUUGAGCGAUGUACCAGAGGAAGAUGAGCGAAGUCGGACUUCCCCCAGCCGAGCGAGCCAGGCCAGUCGAGGACGUCUAUACUAG